AAACUCUGAAUUAAAUUUCGAAUGAUUGUCAAAAGUAGUGGCAGUAGAUAUUUUUCUGCGAAGGAACAGAUUGUGAAAGAUUUUGAAGUAGUUUGUUGUUUUAUUGGUUACGAAAACUGUAUAUCAGGUCAGAGAUAAAAGCUAAGGGGCUUACAAACUAGAUAAUUGCGAAUAUAUAGUAUGGAGUCGCUAAUACCAAUAGUUAAUAAACUGCAGGAUGCGUUCACCCAAAUGGGUGUGCACAUGCAACUGGAUUUACCACAAAUAGCCGUGGUUGGUGGACAAUCGGCAGGCAAAUCAUCUGUGUUAGAGAAUUUUGUCGGAAAAGAUUUCCUGCCUCGAGGAUCCGGCAUUGUAACUAGACGACCCCUGAUUUUGCAGCUUAUAAAUGGAACAAUCGAGUAUGGAGAGUUUCUUCACCAAAAAGGUAAAAAAUUCACAAAUUUCGACGAAAUAAGGCAAGAAAUAGAGGCAGAAACUGAUCGUCUGACAGGAAGUAAUAAGGGUAUUUCAAACAUUCCAAUUAACUUACGAGUUUAUUCACCACAUGUGUUGAAUCUUACUCUAAUUGAUUUACCUGGUUUAACGAAAGUGCCCAUCGGAGAUCAACCGGCUGAUAUAGAAAAUCAAAUAAAGGGAAUGAUAUUUCAGUUCAUUCGUAAAGAAACAUGUCUGAUUCUAGCCGUAACUCCAGCUAAUACCGAUUUAGCUAAUUCCGAUGCACUCAAACUAGCAAAAGAAGUCGAUCCGCAAGGUGUACGAACAAUAGGAGUAAUAACUAAAUUAGACUUAAUGGACGAUGGCACAGAUGCGCGCGACAUUUUAGAAAAUAAAUUGUUGCCAUUGCGUCGGGGGUACAUUGGUGUUGUUAAUCGUUCGCAAAAGGAUAUUGAGGGUCGUAAAGAUAUAACUGCUGCUUUGGGAGCUGAGCGAAAAUUUUUUCUCAGUCAUCCUAGUUACAGACACAUUGCUGAUCGAUUAGGUACACCGUACCUACAAAAAGUAUUGAACCAACAGCUUACCAAUCACAUAAAAGAUACUCUACCUGGUUUGCGGGAUCGUUUGCAAAAACAGCUUUUGACGUUGGAAAAAGAUGUAGCACAAUUUAAACACUUUCGACCAGAUGAUCCUAGCAUAAAAACCAAGGCCAUGUUGCAAAUGAUCCAGCAACUACAAUCUGACUUCGAAAGAACAAUUGAAGGAUCAGGAUCGGCACUAGUUAAUACUAAUGAAUUGUCGGGUGGUGCCAAAAUAAAUCGGAUAUUUCAUGAAAGAUUGCGUUUUGAAAUUGUUAAAAUGUCUUGCGAUGAAAAAGAAUUGCGCAGAGAGAUAUCAUUUGCAAUUCGAAACAUUCAUGGAAUUCGAGUAGGUCUAUUUACUCCCGAUAUGGCUUUUGAAGCAAUAGUAAAAAAACAGAUCUCGCAAUUGAAAGAACCAAUUUUAAAGUGUAUUGAUUUAGCAGUACAAGAAUUGUCAAACGUCGUAAGAAUUUGUACUGACAAGAUGGCCCGUUACCCUCGUCUUCGAGAUGAAACUGAGCGUAUUAUCACAACUCAUAUAAGACAAUGCGAGCAGCGGGCAAAAGAACAACUACUAUUGCUGAUAGAUUAUGAGCUUGCUUACAUGAACACAAACCAUGAGGAUUUUAUUGGUUUUGCAAACGCUCAAAACAAAACGGAAAGUACUGCAAAACCAGGCUCUCGGAGUCUUGGUAAUCAAGUAAUACGAAAAGGACACAUGUGCAUCCAAAAUCUUGGAAUAAUGAAAGGUGGUUCUCGACCAUAUUGGUUUGUUCUGACCUCUGAAAAUAUUUCUUGGUAUAAAGAUGAAGAAGAAAAGGAAAAGAAAUACAUGCUACCUCUUGAUGGACUGAAAUUGAGAGACAUUGAACAAGGUUUCAUGUCAAGGCGUCAUACAUUCGCUCUUUUCAACCCCGAUGGGCGUAACGUUUAUAAAGAUUAUAAACAAUUGGAAUUGUCAUGUGAAAGUACUGAUGAUGUUGAUUCAUGGAAAGCUUCUUUUCUUCGUGCAGGCGUAUAUCCAGAAAAAGAAACCCCUGCAAAUGGUGAAGAUGAAUCGAGUGAUUUUGUUGAAACCAGUUCUUUGGAUCCUCAACUAGAGAGACAGGUUGAAACAAUACGAAAUUUAGUUGAUUCAUAUAUGAAAAUCGUCACGAAAACCACUCGUGAUAUGGUACCCAAAGCUAUUAUGAUGCUGAUUAUCAACAAUUCGAAAGACUUCAUAAAUGGUGAAUUACUUGCUCAUCUUUACGCAUCCAGCGAUCAAGCAUCAUUGAUGGAAGAAAGCCCUGAAGAGGCUCAAAAACGUGAAGAAAUGCUGAGAAUGUACCAAGCAUGUAAAGAAGCUUUGAGAAUUAUUGGUGAUGUAUCAUUGGCAACAUUCUCGACUCCCGUUCCACCACCUGUUAAAAAUGAUUGGUUAUCAAGCGGUUUGGAUAACCCUCGUCUGUCACCUCCAAGUCCGGGUGGUCCUCGUAAAAAUAUACCUCAACAACAGGGCUCUUUUGGUUCAAGUGGAGUUCCUCUAUCCAAUACCCGAGGUCCUCCGCCCGCACCAAUAAGUGCCAGACCGGCACCAGCUGUUCCAAAUAGGCCUGGAGGUGGAAUCGCUCCUCCUUUACCACAGGGAAGGCCUAGUGGUCAGGUCCUUCCAGCUCCACUUAUUCCAUCGCGACGCUAGACAAAGGCUGCCAUUUGAUAGCUAACGAAAAAGUAUUGUUUAUAUUAUUAAUUACAAUCUGACCUUGAUACUCUUCAUGUUUCCAACUAGGUACCAUCAUGUUCGUGGAAUGCAAAACGCAGCGAGCUGCUUGUAAAAAAUCGUUAAUCAACAAUUACAUAUUGUAAAAUGUACAGUAAACAUGAUUGUAUAAUAUAUAAAUCAUAAGUAGUAUUAAGAAAGAAAAUGCCAUGGAUCAGAGCAGUAAUGUCAUUUGUAGAAAGAUGGCUGGAUAAUGACAGUGGUAGACCCGCAAUAUAGUAGAAUACACUAAGGAUUAUUUAUAUGAAUAUUAGAGACGCCGAAUAACAAUAGAAUGGAAAUAUUUAUCUUUUGUUUGAGAUUCAGCGUCGUUAAAAAAUGUAUAGAUUCGUAAC